AAAAACUCCUUGGAGAAAGAGAGUUGAACCUGACCAGGCAACCUAGAAAGAAUUAAGGAGAAAGAGACAACAAGAGAAGGAUGGAGAUACGGGCACUUUUGAUUGCUCUGCUGGUGGCUCUUCUGAUUCUGCACUACCUGAAACUGCUCUGGUCAAACAGGCAUUAUCCUCCAGGUCCUCUCCAGCUUCCUCUCGUUGGAGCCAUAUGGAGGUUUGGAUUGAAGAUUCAUGAAAAUACUCUCGUUCAGCUGGGAAAGCAAUAUGGAAAUAUUUUCACCCUAUGGAUAGGACAUCUACCCAUUGUAGUACUGUCUGGAUUCCAAGUAGUGAAAGAAGCGCUCAUUGACCACUCUGAAGAAUUGGACGAGCGACCAGAGACUUCUUUCCUUAGGAACAUGGUAAAAGGAAAGGGUAUUGUAUUAUCAAAUGGUCACACCUGGAGGCAACAGAGACACUUUGGUGUAGUUACUAUGCGGAAGCUGGGACUGGGGAAGAAAGGCAUGGAGCACCAAAUAGCAGAGGAGGCUCAUCAGCUCAUGGAGGUUUUUGCACGUUCAAAGGGACAACCACUUGACCCCUCCAUGCCCAUCGCUACUUCAGUCUCCAACGUGAUAUGUGCUGUGGCUUUUGGGCACCGGUUUGCUCUUGAAGAUGAACGGUUCCAGAAGCUGAUAGAAGCCAUGGAGUCUGUCCUAAAAAUUUUCAGUAAUUUUUGUCAUAUUCUUUAUGAAAUUCUCCCAUGGCUCAUGAAACAUCUCCCAGGGCCCCACAAGAAGGCCUUGUCCUGCUCAGAGAUGAUGAUUUCAUAUGCAAAGGAGGAGAUAGAGAAGCAUAAGGAGAAUCAGUCUCUGCAUGAUCCACAAGAUUUCAUUGAUUUCUAUCUGCUUCAGAUAGAGAAAAGCAAGAAUGACCCGGAGUCCACCUAUGAUGAAGAAAACUUGGCUCGGUGUAUUUCUGAGCUCUUCAUAGCAGGGUCAGAAACAACCACGGCUUCUCUGAAAUGGGCACUUCUCCUCCUGACAAGUCAUCCAGAUGUCCAAGAUAAAAUGCACAAGGAAAUAGAAGAUGUCAUAGGUUCUGCUCACUCAAUCUGCUAUCAAGAUAAGAAGAAACUGCCCUACACCAAUGCUGUGAUUCAUGAAAUGCAGCGCUUUAAAUACGUCAGUUUUUUGGGGUUCCCUAGGCAAUGUACAAAGGAUUUCAAGCUGCAUGGUUUUCUCAUUCCCAAGGGGACUAUUAUUGUUCCCGAUCUGCGCUCUGUUCUUCUUGAUCCAACACGAUGGGAGACACCUGCAGAGUUCAACCCAAAUCAUUUCUUGGACAAGGAUGGACAAUUUGUGAACAGAGAAGAAUAUCUGCCAUUUGGUGCAGGGGCUCGCAUUUGUUUGGGAAUGCAGCUGGUAAAGAUCGAAAUAUUCAUCUUCCUGACCAGCCUGCUGAGGGCAUUCAGUUUUCAGCUGCCAGAAGGAGUCAAAGAACUCAAUCAAGAGGCUAUAAUAGGGGUUACAAUACAUCCCCAUCCUUAUAAACUCUGUGCACUCUGGUGGUCACGCAGACGCUUCCCUCCAGGACCCCUUCCACUUCCUGCCAUUGGAAGCAUGUGGCGGACUAAUGCAGGAGAGGGAUUUAACGGGAGGGAGGAAAGAAAGAUGGCAAAGCAAUAUGGAAACAUUUACACCCUUUGGGUAGGGCAUCUGCCCUUUGUAGUGCUGUCUGGAUUCCGAGCAGUGGAAGAAGCGCUCGUUGACCACUCUGAAUAUUUUGAAGACCGACCACGUACUCCUUUCCUUAUGACUGUAGGAAAAGGAAAGGGCAUUAUAUUAUCAAAUGGUCACACCUGGAGGCAACAGAGACGGUUUGGUAUUGUUACUAUGCGGAAGCUAGGACUGGGGAGGAAAGGCAUGGAGCACCAAAUAGAAGAGGAAGCCCAUCAGCUCGUGAAAGUCUUUGCACGUUCAAAGGGUCAACCACUUGACCCCUCCAUGCCCAUCACUAAUUCAGCCUCCAACGUGAUAUGUGCUGUGGCUUUUGGGCACCUGUUUGCUCUUGAAGAUAAAAGGUUCCAGAAGCUGAUAGAAGCCAUGAAUUUUCUCCUAAAAUAUCUGUGUAGCUUUGCUCAUUUUCUGUAUGAAAUGUUCCCAUGGCUUAUGAAACAUGUACCAGGGCCUCACCAGAAGGCCUUGUACUGCCUGAAGGCAAUGCUUUCAUUUGCAAAGGAGGAGAUAGAGAAGCAUAAGGAGAAUCUAUCUCUGCAUGAGCCACAAGAUUUCAUUGAUUUCUAUCUACUUCAGAUGGAGAAAAGCAGGAAUGACCCAGAGUCCACCUAUGAUGAAGAAAACAUGGCUUGGUGUAUUUUUGACUUCUUUGUAGCAGGGUCAGACACAACCGUCAGUUCUCUGAAAUGGGCGCUUCUCCUCCUGGCAAGUCAUCCAGAUAUCCAAGAUAAAGUCCACAAGGAGAUAGAAGAUGCUUUAGGUUCUUCUCACACAAUCUGCUAUCAAUAUAAGAAGAAACUGCCCUACACCAAUGCUGUGAUUCAUGAAAUACAACGCUUUAAAUAUGCCUUAUUUUUCGGGAUCGCCAGGAAAUGUACAAAGGAUGUGAAGCUGUGUGGUUUUCUCAUUCCCAAGGGAACUUAUAUUAUUCCUGAUUUCCGCUCUGUUCUUGUUGAUCCCACAAGAUGGGAGACACCUGCAGUGUUCAACCCAAACCAUUUCUUGAACAAGGAUGGACAAUAUGUGGCUAGAGAAGAGUUUCUGGCGUUUGGUGCAGGGUCUCGCAUGUGUUUGGGUAUGCUGCUGGCAAAUACUGAAAUUUUCAUCUUCCUGACAAGCCUGCUGAGGGCAUUUCGCUUCCAGCUGCCAGAAGGAGUGAAAGAACUCAAUAAAGAGGCUUUACUGGGGGCUACAGCACAUCCCCAUCCUUAUAAACUCUGUGCGGUUCCCCGCUGCAAUGCAUAAUAAAAUAUGAAAGUACAUGGGGCUGCACCUCUGCUUCCUCUGCUUACCAACUCCUUUGUCACUCCUGACACAUAAGGGUUUCCCCUUCCCAUCUCAUGCAACUACUGUGGUCUCUCUUCACCUUCCCAGCUCCAUUUCUGAGGCUUCUUCUCUCUUCUUUUCUGCAGCUCUGCUUUGCGCUCAUUUUCACCAUCACCCCAUCUCCUCCUAUUCUUCAAGCUCUUUCAUGCCCCUGCUGUCAUCUUCCACCCUAUCCAUGCCUCCUGAUCCCUCAUUCCUUUUCAGCUCCUUUGCAUCCCCAUUCCUACCCUCACUACUUUUCCCCCUUCCCCCUUUUCCCUCAACACCUAUAUAAUGAACAGCCUCCUUUCAGCACACUCUCCAUGCCAAUAUAGGUGACUGUAUCUUUAAGAUGAGUAGAAUCCCAAGAGCAAGGCUUGCC